GUGUGAUACAGGUGCAUGCUUGUGUUCCGCCGUUGUACUAUAUAUAUUUAUUAUUUAUACCCUUUAUAUCUCUGAUUUAAUUAACUAAACAGUGAUAUUGAGAGCCUAAAUAACUAAAUUUUAAUAUUUUAUGUUUAAAAAAGUUUAAUACAGUCAAGAAAUCACCAUGGAAGUUAUACGCUCGAAUUUUCGAGAAGUGUUGUCUGAACUUGACAAAGUUUUAAAGGAAGCCUCGUUUUUAUGCAUCGAUACAGAGUUUACUGGAUUAAAUACAGGACCAGAUGCUACAGCUUUUGACACGCCUGCACAAUAUUAUUCCAAAAUUCGAUCCGGUUCCAUGGAUUUCCUUCUCGUACAGUUUGGCUUAUCAGUUUUCUCCUUCGACAAGGAAUCAAACAAGUAUAAUCAACAGUCAUACAACUUCUACGUUUUUCCACGACCUCUUAAUCGUGGAGCUUUCGAUUGUAGAUUUGUUUGCCAAGCUUCCAGUAUUGCUUUCCUAGCAAAUCAAGGCUUUGAUUUUAAUAAACUCUUCAAUCAUGGCAUUCCUUAUAUGACCAAGAAUGAGGAGGAAAAAUUGCAAAAAAAGCUGGAAGAGAGACAGAGAAUCAGGGAGGAAGGGCUUGAUAUAGUUCCUAUUCCUGAUCACGAUAAACCCCAAAUAGAAGAAAUUUGUUCGAAAAUUGAGGAAUUUAUCAAUUCAGAGGCAGAAGAACUUUCGGUGGACAGAUGUAAUGGAUUCAUCAGACGACUUGUGCACCAAGAAUCAAGAAGAAGGUGGCCCAAAAAAGUCAAUCUAGAGUUCAAGUCAGACGGACCUGGACAAACUAUCGUCAUUACCAAAACAGGAACGAAAGAGGAAGAGGAAAAGAAAGAGGCUGAAAAGCGCGAGAAGGAAAAACAGGAACUUGAGGAAGCUGUCGGUCUCAGCGCGCUUUUAAGAAAAAUUGCUAAUUCGGGAAAGUUAAUUGUCGGACACAACAUGCUUUUGGAUCUCUGCCACAUAAUUCGACAAUUCUUCAAUCCACUCCCGGAAAAAUACUCUGAAUUCAAGGCCCUCGUUCAUGGCCUUUUCCCCAGGAUUUUAGACACUAAAGUCAUAAGUCAGUCGCCGCCGUUCAAGGAUAAAAUGUCUUUCUCGAGUCUUCAAAUCCUCUUAGAAACUUUAAGCAAGCCUCCUUUCUCAAUUCCGGAAGUUGUUCCUGUAAAGGAUCGUAGUUAUUCAACUUCAUGCGAAAAGUGUCACGAGGCUGGUUAUGAUGCUUACAUGACUGGCUUGUGUUUUAUUUCCAUGAGCAAUCAUCUGGGUUCGCUAGAAAAUCCUCCUAUCGAUACAGUGCUUUCGGACUCUCCUUUACUGAAUCCAUUUGUAAAUAAAUUGAUUAUUGCGAGGCUGAAGGACGUUCCGUACAUUAAUUUAGCAGGAAAAGAUCCUAAUCCUAGCAGAGAUCACGUUUUCCAUUUGUCGUUUCCACGAGAAUGGAAAAUGAGCGAUAUCACGCAACUUUUCAAUCCCUAUGGUGGUGUUUUCGUUUCCUGGUUGUCUGAUACGUCAGCUUAUGUUAGUUUAAAUAAACGGGACCAGACAAAAACCGUUCUGAAAAACGUUCUAAAUACUGAUGCCUUCACAAUCAAAAAGUACGCGGAGCAUCAAGUUAGUACGGAAUUACAGACUUCUACGCAAGUACUUCGCAAGCGGAAACUAAAUUCUGAUGGUGAAACCUCUCCAAAGAAUGGAACUGAAAAGAAGGACGAAGAUGGUUGGGAAGUAGUUCAAGGUAAAGGAAUACUUUGGCUUUUUAAAAUAAUUUGUGGUAAUAUGGGGCCCAUGACAUUUUUCGGCCUUUGUUUCACUUGUCUUAUUUUUAUUGUCAUGUUCUAUUUAUUUUCUUUAUUUUUUGACUGCAACGCUAAAAAUGUCAUCGACAGGUAUUAAGAAAUAAUAUGGUUUCCUUCAAUUUUAACACAUUGAACGGAACAAUUGCUGACAUAGAAAACAUAUUUUCUUUUACUUUUUUAUGAAAUUCUUAUCCUAUUUUUUACUGUUAUAAAAAGUAAAAUAGAACUUAUCUGUGUUGAGUAUUGUGAUAGAUUUAUGUUUCGUGAGAUUAUAGUUACUUAGUUUAAGAUAAUUUUAUAGAAAAUCGGAAAAAUGGUAUUUGGACUAACUGAAAUUUAUUUUUAAGAAGUUUAGUAAAUAAGUAUCUUUAAUUUUCGUCAUUUUUUAAUUU